AUGGCUCACUUGACAACCUGCGCUCCUGUCGAUAUGCCUCCGGCUAACUCAACAACACUCGACACAGCCAUGGGUUCUCCCCCAAAGUAUGCUGAGGUCAACGACCCAUUGACUUGGCAACAGCAGGAAGAUUUUAGCAGCGGAAAACUGGCGAAGCGACGUGGACGCAAAUACAAGGCACGUGGCCGAGGAUCACCUCACCACCACACACAGGCUGCCAGCCCUACUUCUGCACCACAACCCCACGACCACAACACCAAGAAGCCUCGUGCGAACAAGAAGAAGAAGAAAAUUCGCGGCGAACGCGAGCCAGCAGCGAUGACUGCACAGGCUUCAGGCUCAACGAUGACUGCAGUUCCACCACAUCUUCGCGUGGCUGCACAGCAUCCAGCUCCAUCAAUUCCACCGCAUCUUCUCACGACUGCACAGCCUUCGAUUCCGUCGAUUCCACCACACCUGCGCAAAGGCACCACACCACCGACACCUAGUGUGCAGCAAACUCCGCCAACGUCGACCGAGUCUCGGGCUGCUCAGCCUGUUCAGUCUUCAACUCAUUCCGAUAAGGUUGUCGCCGAAGGUGGUGCCCCACCCACACCGGCAAGGACAGCCGAAAAGCUCUCAGGAUCGUCAAAGCCAUUCAAAGGCCGAGGAAAGUCUGGGUCGCGCAAGGGCCGGGGAAAGCCUGAGUCGAUCAAAGGCUGGGGAAAGCCUGACCCAACUUGGUCAAGCCCACAGUGGGAUAAUCAACGUUGGUCAGCACCACCAAGAGGGAAACAUGUCUGGCUCAAGUCGCGUGAUAUUCCAAAGAGAUUGUCAACCCACAGCAGCGACAGUGACGGCGGAGCGCCUUGCAGGUCUGAUAGCGAUGGUGAUCCCACUUACGAUGUAAAGAAGUUGAUGGCCUGGAACGGAACCUGGCUCCCACCACCAGAAGAAUGGGCCGCUCGCAAAGGCUACACCGCUCGCCACUUCGAGGAUGUCAUCGAGAAGUGGGCGGAUGGUAUUAGCCGGAAUUGCACCAACGUCAUGAGCAUCAACACGCCAGAAUUUGCGGGCAUAAAACAAGCCGACGGUAAGUGCCUGAACAAAGACCUAGUGCCGCGUUACUGGCUUCAUGAUUCCGUUGACGACACCGCUCUACGCAAGUUUUGGCAUGAGUUUCCCCAGCGCGCGCCUGCUCCUUUGAGUAAUAUCGACAUCACGAUAGAUCCACCAUACUGGGACCGAUGGGAAGAUAAACAUCCUGGCCACUGUUUCAUGACUGCUUUGGCGAAUCCAGAUGCAUUCAUUGAUCUAGAUAACGCCGAAAACGAACUGCACCAUCCUUUCGCUAUGAUGUCCACGGAAGACCGUCUAGCAAGGCUGGAUGAGCAGAAGAAGAUCGCAAAACGCCGCCAGGAAGAAAGGCGAAACCGGCCAGUGGCUGCGCCCGUGUAUGAAGCACCUCAAGUACCGGACAUGCGUUUGAAGCCAAAAGCCAAUAUGUAUAUUCGCCCUGUUCAGCCUGCUGACGUGGGCGGCAUCAUGACUAUCUACAACUAUUACGUGAAGAACACAAUACACGCACCCGAACUCGAGGAACGAACCAAGUCACAGAUUAGCACCUGGAUUGACGAAAUUGUGCAAGAGGGUCUGCCUUGCCUUGUUGCAGUAGCUAAACGCAGCCAACGUUACCAGCGUAACCAACAGAAAGGCUUUGUGGAGGAGACCAUCGUCGGCUUCACUCAUCUCGAAGAACACGCUGGCCGUUCCAGUUUGUAUCGAUUUACCUUCGAGCUAGCCCUCUACAUCCAUCCUGGAUAUGUUAGACAAGGUGUCGGUCAGUGUCUGCUCGACCAGCUGAUGCAUAUCAGCCACCCUGGAUACAACAAGAAAGGCGGUUACGAAUACGUCAACAACUUCCAGUAUCUCAGGAGCGGAAAGACUCGGCUUGUCAAGACCAUUCUUAUGGACCUCCGUUAUUAUGAGCGAGGCAACGAAGAUAUUGAAUGGGCGACAGGCUAUCUGGGCGAAUACGGGUUCAAGAAGGCCGGUCACUUCACUCUGAUCGGACACAAGUUUGGCAAGGUAAUCGACAAGGUUGUGUUCCAGGCCCAUACGUCGGAGGUAAUCGACCCCAAGAGCAUCCCCGUGCUGGAGUCCGAAAUGUAG